AUGCACGCUGUUCUGUUCAACCAGCCAAUCGUGAUUCUGACCUCUGCCUCGUCUAUUCCUCACUCCACGUCAUGUCAUAAACCUGCUUCUCGUCUGCUUCCACCGCCCUCUGAGCAGCACUGAAGCAGGAUAAGUAGUGGAGGCCGAUCUGGUAAAGAAGCGAGACAAACCACGCCAUUCCAGUGACUUUGCAGAGAGCACGCGACACUCGAGCACUUCACGCGCCCGCUCGCCCGCCCACCUUCUCUCUCCUCUUUGCUGCGGACCACUCGCAUCUCUCCAUCUCUUCUGAGUACCUACCUGACUCAACCUAGGUGGUAUUUCGCUCGCCAGAACCUAACGCCAAGACGGCGGCACUAACGACAUCUUCGAGAACUGGACCUGGACCCUCAUUAUACUCCUGCUAGGACUAGGAGGUGGACUACCUGACCUAGUUCUCCUGCUAGCUCCCGUCGACUUUUAUCUAACUGCCCGAGUCCUUGACCGACGACGCUGCGACGCAUGCUCGAGCCUUCGACACCCUCCACGCCCGCUCCCGACCAACUCUGCACCCAGAGAAGGAUAACGAGCGUGCGAUGAUCCUCCGCUUCAUUGGGAGUGCGCUCUUCCUGGCCUCGAUCGUCUUCACCAUCCCCCUCGCCUUCGAUGUCGGCGGACGAACGUGCGGAUUGGCUUUCAGUCUCACCCUGGCCACAUACUACUUCAUUCUCUCCACCCUGCGACUUGCGACACCCGAUCACUCGAGAUGGCGCUCCCUCGCACUGAAUCUCUUCGCAGCCAUGCAGCCUGUCAUGAUCGGGGGACUACUCAUCUGGAGUUUGAACAAGUUCAGUGUGGAUAGCGGUGAAGAGGCCAGCUGGGUGAGUCGCGCAUUCUACAACGCGACCAAACCGCUGCAUCAGAACCCGAGCUUCAAAGACUGGGUGUUUGGAAAGGAGGGUCUACUGGAGCAUGCCCUGAUAGGAGGCUGGGACAAGUUGUUGACGUACUCGACGCCUGUCUUUCAACUGGUCGAGGGCUUCUGCAGUCUGCUAGUCAUUCAGGCUGCCGGACAAGUCACACGCUACCUGGUCAACAAUGAUGAUGGAGGCGACAGGUGGAUGCUCGGUCUCUUAAUCCCCACCGGCAGCAUUAUUGCGAGCUCGUGCUAUUUCAUCUGGCGCAUGUCGACCUUCCCUGGACUGGACAGUCAGGAUGCCGUGCUCAUUGGCAUUGCGAUUACCUGUGCAGUGUUCCUCUGCGCCUGGGGAAUUGGGAGUGGACGCGGCAACAUUGUGGAGAGUAGCUUGCUCUUUGCCUACACCACGCUGUGUAUCUACCAAAUCUUCACCGAUUAUCAGCCCAGUCGCCCGCUGCCAGACUUACCACUACCCAACGAUGUGAACGAGUUUCCCCCUCUGCCACCAGUCCUCAUGGCCAGCUUCUCUACCAUCACGCAGGCACUGUCCCAACUCCCCGCCAAUAUUCACAAUGGGUUUGGCUUCAUGCUUGCUGCAGUUCAGACGGUUACGCCAUCGGUUAUCAUAUCGCUCAUCUACCGCCUGCUUGUACUGUACGCAGCAGCACGCAUCAUCCCUGCCAUCCGCGAAUCUGGAGCACGAGCACUCUCUCAUGAUCCAUCAUUCGAAGACUCGGAGGGAGUGCAUGGUAUCAUGGGGCUCCUCACAUACUACAGUCCCAGCAUCCUGAUCGCUGUCUACACAAGCUUACUGAUGCAGCACUUCGCAACAGCUUCUGCAGAUCAUCCUGGAGAGUGGUGGACCAGCCAAGGUGGUGAAGGAGGCGGCAAUAUCAGUCGAUGGGUCAACCUGGCAGGUACGAUGGCGCUGUAUGCAGUAGAACUGUAUCUUGGUAAGGAUCAAGACGACGGACUGCACUGGAAGCUCGAUUGAGGAACGGCUGUGUGAGAAAGUGGGAGAAAAGAAGAAUCAGAUUGCAAACAGGCCCAUGGAGGUCUCAACGAUGCUCAAACCAAGACAUCGAUAAACCAGCGUGCGAAUCCGGUACGGCGCUGGAAAGACCAUGACCAAGUCAAAGUGCAUACCUUGAUCAUGAGGUACCAUCAUAGCAUCAGCUUUAUCGGUUUUGGUGCUGCGAAUCGAUUUCGAAAUUCGGACCAGUUGCCCAAACGAGCAGCUGAGAAUUUCCAUUUACAAAUUAGCCACCCAGCAUUACGGCAGCGGAAGCGGAGGACAGGAGAUGAGAGAGGACUAGACAUGGACAUGGGAGAAGAUGGCCAUUUACGGUGUCACUCAUCAUGCGGAGUGAAGUAUCCCAAACCAACUGCUCGAUUACAUACCCCAAAGAGUUAAUUUGCUGUUUUACCAUUUCUCACAGUGUCUGCCUUUGUAUAGUCAGGUUCUUGCAGUAGAAGCUUGCCGAGGUGGAAGCGUAGGAGGUUUCCUUUCCUAUGGGGUCACGUUUGGUUGUGUACCUGCCGAUCUCGUCACCAAAAUGUCACGAAAU